CAUGUGUCAAUGGCCUGUGUUCAUCUGGCAUCCAAAAUUGAAGAAGCACCAAGACGCAUAAGGGAUGUAAUUAACGUGUUCCAUCGCCUUAGACAUCUACGGGGAAAAAAGGAACAUCUUGAAGAGAUCUCAUGAAGGAGAAAAAAAACCUGUGCCUCUAAUACUGGAUCAAGAAUAUGUGAACUUGAAGAAUCAAAUUAUUAAGGCAGAAAGAAGAGUGUUAAAGGAGUUGGGAUUUUGCGUUCAUGUAAAGCACCCUCAUAAGGUUUGUACUGUAUAAGUUAACUUUAUAAUCAGUGUUUCAUAUGCUAUAAAUGCUUUGAGUAAGUAGACUGCCUAACUGCAUGAAAGCUGUAUAGAUGGUAUGUGGUAACACUAGUUAUUUCAGUAAAGCUAGCUUCUUAUGAUCCCGAUGUCUUCUUUCUCAUUUAAGAGAUUCUUACUAGUUGGUCUUGUAUCGCUGCUGAAUGACGACUGGAGGUGGAUGCAGAUGCUAAGUAAUCCUUGAAGUCAAAUUAUAUAAGUAGGUAGCUUUGGUGUUACAAAAGGUCAACUAAACAUAAAUUCUUGCACAGAAAGGAAUUUGGAGACCUAGGGUUGUGAUAUCCUAUUGUCAGAAACACUGCAUGUCAUGAUCGCUCCUUGUGGAAACGUGCUGAGGUUGUUAAACCCGUAUGAGCUACUUAGCAGUGUUUCUUAUGUUCUGAAAAGUAUGCUCAGGUGUGAAGGGCUUGACUAGAAACGAGACCGUUCUCAAUAUUUAAGUACCACAUGUCAGACUAGGAUGAUACUUGGAAGAUGUAACUACUGCAGAUGUUUUAAGUUGGCGCUUUAGUAGCAUUAACGUUAGGCGUUAAGUAGCUAUGUGUGGUAAAAGAACCUCCUACUCCUGUGCCCACAAAACUUGGGAUCUUGCUCUUUCUUCCUCUUAAAAACUACUGCUGUAUUAGGGUCUUCUUUUUAAGCCUGUUUGACUUUCAGAACUCACUCAUGUUGUAAGUACCCCAGAGGACAAUUGUACUUAUUUGUUAAUUAUGUAUGAUUUUUUACUAUUAGAGUAGUCUUUUUAUCUGCAUCCUUGUUUUCAUUUCAUACCUAAGAGAAAAAGCUAGACCUGAGUAAACCAGUGACACACAACAUGUUAGAUCUGUUUUCUGCAAAUACUGUCAUACUUCUGUUACUGCUUAUUGCAGCUAGCAAUAUUUUCUCCCAAGUUACAGCUAAAAAGGAAUCGUGAAUUGUAUAGGAGAACAUACCUAGCUUGAAAACAGUUGAAGACGAGACAUCUAGAUGAAUAGCAUGAUGACUGAGCUCAGAAGAUGGAGAGCUAGGAAGGUCAGAUCUGGUUGAGUGUCAACUCAUGCAGACUUUUGCAUUGGAGAGCAAAAGCUGUGUGGAUAAACACUGGGGAUGUUGCAAAUGCUCUCUCACGUGGAGUGUGUUAGAACUUGAAAGAGAAUAACAGAUGCCUCAUGGAUGUCCCUCUGAAAUAAAUAGGUGGCUCUCAAGAUUCUUGUUAAUAACUCAAUAACCCAUAUCUUCCAGAUAAUCGUUAUGUACCUUCAGGUAUUAGAAUGUGAACGUAACCAACACCUGGUCCAGACUUCAUGGGUAGCCUCUGAGGGUAAGUGACUAAGACUUCUCCUCUGCUGCCCAAGCGCUAUGGUGCAGGGAUAGCUGCCGUCUUCAGUCAAACCAAAGCAGGCUCUACAAAGAGAAGGCUGACUCUAGACAGGUGGUAUAUACAUGAUAGUAUAGUAACUGGCCAACUGCUUCUUGUGCUUAUACUUUUUGACUUUAACUGUGCAUUUUGACUGUUGUAUAUUUUAUAACCUGAUUGUUGAAGUUCUGAAAGAUUUUUAAUGUUAUAUUUCUAUAACUGUUAAAAUGAUGUAUUCUUAAAUGAUAAAGCAAAUUAAGGUGGGAUUUCAGUCUUAAAGGGAUGAAUUAAUACAACAGAAACUGAAAUCUAGUUUCCAUUUGUAAACUAGUUAGAAAACAUUUGAGUAGAUGUGUGAAGCUUGGAGUCAAAUGUAAUACUUAGGACUUAGAGAAACUUCCUGCUACCAGAUUUCCCAGGACCACUGCAUGAAGUACUCAAAUAUGGGUUACGGACUACUCAUUACCACUUUUCUACUUGUUAUGAAAGGAGGAGUAGGUGAGGAGGAGGGAGGAAAUUACCCAGUUGAGAAAUGGUUCAAAUGUUAAAAUAACGUAUUUGUGUACUGAUGCUUGUUGCUUCCAGUACCUGAAAGCUGGUAGAUAUCCAGUAUAAUUGUUUUUUGAAAUGUGCGUUUUUACAUCAUCAUUAACUUUUUCUUAAAAUAUUGUGACAAGGAUUCAUUUCCUCAUGUGUCUGAUUCUGAGCCCACAGGGAAAAUACGCAGAGGCCAAACUUGGAAGCAGGCAUGUUUUUCAAUUUGGCAAAUUAGAAAAAGGCUGUAUGAUUUCCAGAUGCUUGAAGUACCACUUAUGUUUAUCACUUCUUUUGCCAAAAGGUUUGUGCUCUCUUUGUAGUUGGGCAAGAAGAGUAGGUUUUGAAGUUCCUUCCUUUCUUUCAGAAGGAUGAACUGAUGUUUAGCAUUGCUUCUCUGGGAUAGCAGUUGCUUUUUGCAUAAAAAAGAAUGUAAGACAGCUGGGGCAGAUGGGAAUUGAUACUCUUGGGAUUCAAGUUCCUUUUGUCUGUUCCGUGUAAACUACUUACAAGUGCCCGGACUGUGGUCUCUGGUUUGGAUGUCUUGGGGGUUAGUGAAUCCUUGUAUACUGGGUACCCACAUGAUUAAUUACUAAUUUCAGAAAGUGUAUUAUUUUGAGGACUUUCUAUUGUGUCUGGUUUUAGCUUUUCCCCAUCUGAUACUUUGCUUGACAUACGUGCUUAGAAAUCUAGAUCUUUUUUAAGCGUAUCAGCUGACAGAUUCAGAGGAAGUUACUUUGUGUAUUUAAGAUUUAGAAGAAUAAUACUUAAGUGUACUGACUGGAAUGUAUGCAAUAUUUUACAGUUUUCUCAUUCUGUGAAUAUUCAUUUUAAGCAACCUUACUGAAAUGGGACAAUUUGGAAACCGUAUUUCAUGUGCCAAAGAGGAGAUCUGCCUGAAUACUGAGUAUUCUCCUGAAUUGAUGUUCCCAAACACCCUGGUUUCUUCUAUGGCUACUUUUUGCAUCAAAAAGAAUUCUGUUCUGGAUGGAAAAUAACACUUUGGAAGGAAAAGGGACCCCUUAAAUCUCCAGUGGAAGCUGACGCGUGCUGAAGUGGACUGCAUUUUCAUGGGAGAAUUACUACAGGAGCUGCAGCUUUCAGCAAACCAUCUGGGCUCAGCCCUAUUGCAGAGAAACAUGUGAACCUAAAAGUCUAUAACUGAGUACUUCAGAUUAUAUUGAAUUACAUGAAUGAUAGCCUGAGAACAGAUGUCUUUGUAAGAUUCCAGCCAGAAAGCAUUGCCUGUGCGUGUAUUUACCUUGCAGCUAGGACGCUGGAGAUUCCACUUCCUAAUCGUCCACACUGGUUUUUACUCUUUGGAGCAACAGAGGAGGAGAUUCAAGAAAUCUGCGUAAAAAUUUUGCAACUGUAUACUCGGAAAAAGGUCGAUUUAUCUGAUCUGGAAAGUAAAGUAGAGAAGAAGAAAUUGGCUAUUGAGGAGGCAAAAGCACAAGCUAAAGGUCUAGUACCUGAGGGAGCCCCAAGUUUGGAUAACACAUCAGGAUUUUCCCCUGUACCAAAAAAUGAGUCUCCAAAGGAGGUUAAAGGAAAUAAACCUUCACCACUACCUGUUCAGGCAAUGAAGAACGCUAAAAGGAAAACAGAGGGAGCAAAAAGAAUGAGUUCAAAUAGCCCAGUAAACGGUGUUCAGAAAGGAAGAGAAAGCAGAAGUCGAAGUGGAAGUAGAGAUCAAAGUUACUCAAGAUCUCCAUCCAGAUCCGCAUCCCCUAAGCACAGGAAAAGUGAAAGUUACUCCACAUCAAGUGGUUCCAAAUCCCACAGCCGUUCUAGGAGCCGCAGUGACUCUCCUCCAAGACAGUUCAACCACAGUUCUAGCUACAAAGGUUCCAAGGUGAGAAGUUACAAGAAAUCAAAAGACUACAAGUACUCAACACACAAACCACGGAAAUCACGCAGCAGGAGUUCGUCACGUUCCAGGAGCCGAUCCCGGGAGCGCUCUGACCAUUCGGGGAAGUACAAGAAGAAGAGUCACUACUACAGAAAUCACAGGCAUGAGCGUUCGCGCUCCUAUGAGCGAGCAAGUCAUCGCUAUGACCGAGACCAUCCUGGCCACAGCAGGCAUAGGCGAUGAAUAAAGCAAAGUUCUUUCCUUUGGAAUUAAAGCAGUGGAGCUCUUCCCCAUUUGGUCUUUGCAGUAUAGGGUUAACCUGGCUUGUAAACCACCUAGCUUGAGUAAUGUCCAUUCUGCUGGCAGUUCUGUACUUACUAUCAUGAAUCCAAAGGAAAGAGACAAACAGGACAGGAUGAUGCGAAAGACUUAAUCGGGUAAAUGUCUUGGUGACUGUUCUGCUGGAGUGUCACCUAGUAACACUGCAGAACUUGUCUUUGGAUGCUCCUAUGCCUGCUCUUUAGUAAUUUGCAUACUGUAGUGCAGUGGAGUGUUAUUUGGGACUUCCAGUUCUGCAAACAGGACCUCCACUGCUCAGUAGUCAGAAUACUGUGCUGAACAGUCCUUCCCUGUGGAACUAGAAGGCUCAAGACAGUUUGUAAAAACCAUUGGAGUGGCUUGGUGCUAACAAAGCUGUCUUUUCAUACUGACUCAAUUAUGUUGUACAAAUGUAAGGUGACUUUUUUAGAACUGUUGCCUAUAUUAGGUUAUAUAUGUGUAUAUAUAUUUUGCAGUGUUACAGUACAGUAUGGGAAUAUGGCCUUACUAGCCUUUACACUUUAUCCACAAUGUAAAUAAGCAUUUGUUUAAUACAGGUGGAAGAUAUAUACAGAAAAUUCAAAACUUGAAUUCUAUCAAAAGACUUGUGUAGAAAAUUCUGAUAAAUGUGAAAGUAUUUAGCUCUGUGUAUUGAGAGUAGUAUAUUUUUAUCUGUGCAAUGCUGUGUGCAGGCCACCAGCUCAUAAGACAUUUCCUAUAUAUUCAUUUUAAGUGGUUUGAAAUUCUUUACUCAGGAUCUUUGACACUCUGAAGAAUUAGUAGUUUGUCAAUCUGCAUGCUUGUUGAAGAACAGAGCAUUUAAAAAAAAAAAAAAUAGCAAAACCCCACAGCCCAGUAGUAUCAGUUCUAGUGGUAUAUCUGAGCUGUUACUCUCAUGCUCCCUAAUUUCAUUAAAGUAUUUGAUUUUCUAUUAAAUUUACUUGAUAGUAGUUUCUUAUGAGCUAUACCACUGUGCCUACUCAUAAGGAAAGAAAUUUGGUGCUGAAUGAAGAGAUUGUCAAAUUGUAGUAGAUCUAAUACUAGCCUCAUUUGUCACACCCUGAGUAUAGGUAUAGUAGCUGUCAUGCUGGGCUCAUCCUGGGGGAGUAGGCUGGUGUGCUGUGUGAAAUAGGGUGCUGUUACUCAGGCCUUUCAUGCUCUAUGAGUAGAACUUACUAGAACCAAUGCCUGCUGGUUAAACUUCCUCUGUCCCCCUCCAGGGAAACAAGAUGCGUGAUGUUUUUUUGUGGUCAAUCUUGGAGGUGCCUCAGUGUGACAGUGACUCUUCUAACACUUCUUUUAAAUCCACACCAAUCACUUGGCAAUUUUCUAUUUUUAAUCUGGAGUCAAAGCAGCUGGAAGGAUUUGCAGUCGGCCUCCCUUUAGCCAACCUCUGGUCUACCAAUUUCCUGAGCUGGAGGUUGUGUAGGAUUAUUCCGUGUAAUUACCAGUGGAUGUAUUUGUGAAGUUGACUAAUCUUUGCUUGAACUAAGUCAUGCUUUCGACCUCUGCAGCUCCUUCUGACGUUCUGUUCCAUAACAGGAGUUAUUACUUUGCACAACGCAGUUACCAGUUCUAAAUGCAUCAUUACCGGAUAGUUUCAGUGGGUGCCCUGUGCAGGGGGAAGACUUCUUAUUUCUUGGUCACCUUGCAGGUAGUAGUUGGUUUGUAGUUUUUUACCAUAGUUCUGAUUACAUCUCAGGUGAGAAAAGACAAUUAAUUGAGAUAGGCAGCAGAUACAAGGAAAGCUCCUUGGAGCUUCAGCAGAGCACUGCUGUGGAAUGGAAGUUAAUCUGUUCCUGAAUCGGUGAACUAUCUGCCUUAACUCGAGCUGUGCACGCAGAUGGAAACUAAUUAUUUCAUACUUGGUAUGAUAAAUAAUUGAGUAGAAGUCAAAGUAUUAAAAUAGUUCAGACAAUGUGAUACAAAAAGUAACUUUGAGCUAUUCAAACAUGAACAACCUGAAGUAGUGGUGUUCUCUGGAGAGUUCCCAUUUUACAUCUUUCUAGUUCUUACUACCUGGAUAUUACUUGGAGCAGGUCAACCUCAAAUCUGUUUACUAAUUCCAGUUCUAAAAGGUAGUCAGUGUUUCCUUGUUUAAGUCCUUCAUUCUGCUCUGGAUGCUUCUGGAAUUGCCUCUUGUCCAGUUCCUGAGGUAAGCGACACAUGGGGAGGCAGGUUUCACAGCUGUAGCCUUUUCCAGGAAGGCUUCAGGAAGAAUUACCUUAGUUAAGUCUCAGUUCUGCUAGCCGCGGACGUGGCCUUCUGCCAGUGCAGGUAGCAUGGAUGAGGAUAACGGUAAGCCCCAGACACGUACACUUCUCCACAUGACCAUAAUGUCACUUGGCAUAAAAAUCAGCAUCUGUGUUCUAUAAACUACGGAGCUGAAUAAAUAGUAUUCUGCUUUCUAGUACGUUUGUUAAAAUCUGCAGAGGAAAAAACUAAGGGAGAAAGUGUCUGUCUCUUUACAUGAAAGUGGUUUGGUUCCAAAACAAAAGGGAUUGUAUCACAGGAUUAAAAGGCGCCCUGCUCUGGAAGAGAACAAUCUGUCUUUACCAGCAAAAAGCCCAGUAGAGAUAGCUGCACGGAAGGGCUUGGCAGUGAGGUGGGCUUGGGAGAAGAUGCUUAGAGUAGCCGGAGGGAGUGUGAGGUAGAACUGUUGAAGUAUGGAGGUUGGUUUUUUUGGAUGGGAGGAGAUGCACCUUUGUUUAACAGAGCUGUGCCCAUCCUCACUGGUGGUAUGGCGCACAGCCAUAAGGGCAAGGAAAUGUCGUGUUGUACUUUGCUCAGGAAGCUCAAGAUCAAAGAGUUCUCAUGUGUGUGUGGUAACUCGGGGAAUUUACAAGCAAGUAGUUUUUCAGCAUUUAGUGUGCUGAGGGCUAGGAACUCGGUGUAGUAUCUGUUGUACUGCACUCUGAAAAUAACUGGCUCAGUGUUCUGAAGCAAUCAUUCCAGAGUUUCGAUUUAAGCUCUUUGCAGUGGUCAACUUGGGAACCUUGGAAUUAAAUACCUGUUUCCUUGAAGUUGGGAAUGUUGGGCAUUCUGUUAGUUUAGGCACCUCUCCGGUUGAUACCAAACAACAUCCACCAAUCCACUAAAGUCUGGGGGAUGGAAGAUGCAUUUCUCCAGCUUAAAAUGUAGCUGGCAGGUACCAGCUGGAUUUUAUGAACAGUGGUGGCUCUGGUCCUUCACCUGCACAACGAACAAACUGCACAGGUAACCACUGUAGCUGGUCUCUGGGAGGUUUCAGAACUGUAGUUCUUACUACAGUUGACACAGGGAAAAGAGAAAUGGGCUGGGUGCCAGUUCUUGGGGUUUGAAAAUGUUUCGAAGUGGAUGAACAUCUGUGAUGGUUCUGAUGUGAACCAGCCGCAGGGAACUGUUGAGACGACUCAGGGAAGUGUGUGCUGCUGACAGCAAGCAAGCCAGAAGUCUCCUGUUAAUAGAGCUGACAGAUUAUGUUCUCUUGGCAUCAGUUUGCGUUUGUUCACUUAAUCUUUCGUAAGUGCGGUUCCCGUGAUAGGUGUUGAGUGGAUGUGACUGGGCACGAUACUGUAGAAGGGCCUGGAAAAAGGAAAUCAGCCCAGUCUUUGAAGAAAACGUUAAAGAAAUACCGCGUUAGGUCACUUUGUUGUUCCUCACAUAUGCUUAGUGCCUCCUUGCAACCCUACUUUUUGUCUAUGUCUGGUUGUCGGUUGCUUUUCCCAGUAUUUCCUUACAGAGCUGAAAGGAGCAGGGCUGCUUUUUGUCUUAGGAGAAAGGCAGCCUUCACCGUGGGGCCAUCCGAUGGGGUAGCCAUCGGAAACCACUGGCGUCUGGCAGAACUGGGGUGGUUCGUGGGAAGUGAUGUGAAGAGACAGUCCGUACCCUAACCACGACUUAGGAAAUCGCCCUUCCAUCAGCCAGGCAGUCAGUCCUGCACGUGAGUUCCUGGGCAACUUGUUGGUUCUUUGCUGAAGAACUUGCUUUCUGAACCUGUUCUUUAACGUCUACUCAUUUUCCUAGUAAGCGGAGCUGAAUGUAGAAUAAAUAAUGCGUAAUCCUGCUCAGGCAUUAUUUCACUAUUUACUGAAGGAUCUCUGCUCUUUUCCAGAUACCACUAGUGUUUGAUGUAGCGCGUGUUUCAGGGGGCUGGAGAAGCGGUGGAGGCCUGCGUUACGCCCAUCCUUGAAUCCAGACAUAGUCCAAGUCCUCGUAGUCAGCAAAUACAACCACCUCUGACCUGCCUAGUUCCUCCAGCUGAAACCUGUGCGUAGUAGUUUCACUCUGCUCGUAGUAGAGACCAAUCUUUUUUCUUUAGCUUCCCCCCAGCUACCAGCGCCACUGACUGUAUCACAGAUCAUACGCUAUUUAGAACUUGUUUACAACGUGUCAUCCUACCGAGUAAGAAAUUGUGAGAGAAUCUAAGUGUUCACUUUAAGAAAACACAUUAAAAAAUUCUAGUUCUCAUGGUUACAAAGAUCACAAAACACAGAAGUCUGUGUGUAUCAGGCUGAACAGAGAGAACGCAAAGAGCUUAGGUUUACCUAAAAUGUGGGAUUUUUAUUUAUUUUUAUGUACGUGCAUGCAUAUACAAGUCCCAGCUCUUAAGGUGAGUUACGAUUUCUGUUUUCUGGACAGCUGGAGACUGCAGCGUGGCUCUCGCUCAUCAGAACUUCUCUCAGGUUACUCCUCUGUGAUCUCCCCGUAUCUGGUGUUCGCACGUAAUUCCCUCUGCUCGGAGAGAGGUUAUCUCGCUGGCCAGAAGCUUUGAAGGGACAGCGCUUCCUGAAACCUCUGAUUUAGAAGACAUCACGGUCUGGGCCAGGCUAUAGUUCUCUUUGCACAGAUAAAGCCUUCUACCUGCCCUGGCAGCACAGCCUUGUCCUCCUUCCUUCCCGGGAAAUACUCCUGCAGGCUCCCUGGCUAACGUUUCCUCGCCGACGGACUCCUCAGCUGUAAAUCCAGUGAGCAGGUAACAAGGUCAGGCUUCAGAUCUCUGUUUGCUCUGGAUUAGCAGAGGGUCAGCCAACAAAGCUUUCCUCCUUCAGGUGAGAGCCGAAAAGAAUUAUUUCCUCAAAACUGGAACAACUUCUAGCUCAGGAGGGAGGUUCAACUUCUGCCAGAAACCGUCCCCCUUCGUUGCCGAGCUCGCUGCCUCUGCCUCCGUAGUCCGGCCAGAAGUUUUGGAGUCCGUUGUCACCUCUGAAGCCCACUUAGACCUGGCCACAUCAGAUCCUGAAGUACCAAAACUGAGCAUGGCUUUGGUUUAUGGCAGAGUCUUUUGUGCACCUCUGUUUGUGAAGGGCGGCUGCUCUUUUCAUGUUUGACUUCCCAGGGUCUGCUCAAACUGAAUUCUGCUGAAUUGGAGACUGUGGAUUGGUGAUUCAAAAUCAUUUAGUUAGAGGGAGUGUCUGUUUUAAACCUUAUUUUGCUUGUUUUGCCUACACGCUAUCACUAAUAAUGAUUUAUACGUCCACAAACACUGCUGUCCUCCUAUGCUGAUAUGUUCUUGGGUUAGAAAAGUGCCAGAGACCUUAAAAAAAAAAAAAAAAAUUAAAAAAUAAAACAGAAGCUUUGCAGCGUGUCCUGCAAAAAGACGGUCCUAAGCCAAAGAGGAGCUGAAUUAAUGGAGCUCGCUCAAACAAAUACAGAAAGUGCAAGUAGCAAUUAUGCAAGAGCAUAGCUUCAUGCAAAAUAAAAGUAUUUUCUCCAUUGUCCUGCUAGGUAAAUCCCCUCUGAGGAUUGCCAGGCAACCCUUGUUUUUAUUGUCCUUACAUGUGGGUGAGAAAUUACUAAGCAAAGCAGUUCUGCUUCUGGUAUAUCCAACACAACUCGGGCUGAGCUGAACAGCAGAAAACUUUGCCUUAUUAGACUGUGGUUAACAGCGUGCUGAAAUCGGGGCUUUACUUCAGGAGUCAGGCAGAAGUCAGCCUGAAGGAACCAGCUCCUGGUACGCAGGAGGUGGUUAAAAGCCGUGGCAAAGAGAGCAGUAAGAGCUGGAAAGGAGAUGACGAGAACUGGGGUGAGAAGACACGACGAGCUGGCCGGAUUCGCUUCGGAUGCAAUUCAACUCCAGCCGGUGGGAGAGAACCCUCGUACACUGGACCUGGUUGCCUUCUCCAAGCAAGGAGCUCCGGGCAACGUUUCUCUCGUACGUGCCUUCCUGUGUCUUGUAACGUGGGUGUCUGCCUCCGACUACUCGCAAGAACACGUCCUGCUCGUGGGACGGGACCUUGCUCAGCCAGGGGAAUCUGCCACCAACUCUGUGUGACCUUGGGCUGUGUGACUGGACCCUGUCCCAGUUUCCCCAUCUAUAAAAGCAGAAUAAGAGCUUUUAUUAUUUCCUCGGAAAACCUUGGAGCUUUGAAAAGCAUUAUGUAGAAUUCUGUACGUUCUGUCUUGUGCAUCUGGGCAAUAGCAGGGAUUUUCUGUGUGUGUUUUAUUUACUGAGAAAAACAUCUUCCUCUAGUGGGACUGUUCCUUCCCCUUUGAGAGCGACUCUGAAUUCCAGACCAGAGACGAGCACCCUGCGCGUUAAGUCCUGGCUGCACCCUGGCAGUGACAAAAAGCCCCUUGACUUCAGUGGGCUUUGAUCUUUUCUGUUGCACCGGUCAGCACAAAAGCUGCGGGCAGAAGAAUGCUCCAAAGGGCUCGAUGAAGAGGUGCUUCCGCUGACGGGACCCAGACUAGAGGAGGAAAUGGAAGGCAAAUAGCAGGGAAAUAGAGUUAAAAAGCGACAGCUACGGAUUUAAUCUGCUGUCAGCUGCAAUCGUGUUUGAUUGCAAAUGCAGCACCAAGCACAGCAUAAAGGGCGUAACGGGCGUCUCCGCUGUCUCAGGUCAGCGCGGUUGCGCUGGGAAUACAUCAAUCCUGCUCGCAGCCCUCCUGCGCCGCGUAAGGGGUGUCGCAGGUUUCCGUACGCACCAACGCCAGCCCGGGGGGCCGUCAGCGCUGCCGCUGGGGCCUGAACUCACGUGCGCAAAAUUCCAGCUACGCCUGGCAGCACGAGCGCUCGUGUGCGCUGACAGCAAGGGCUGAAGAGAUGACAGGCACAAAGAGGUCGACUAAGCAGUCUUAACGCCUGACAGGGAUUUUUUUUUUUUUUUUUAAAAUUCUCCAAGACCAGCUAAAUGUCAUUACCAACAGCAAAGAGAAUCGUUCUGAAAUUAACCCAGAACACAUGGGAAGGAGGGUAACUGGUUAAACCACUCGGAAAAGAGGAGAGGGUUAGUGUUUGUGAGAUGGAGAGAGAUUUCUGGAACGGAACUUUAUUUGGGAGAAAGGAGAAAACCACAGGUAUCGGUAUACAGGGCGACCUUACUGCUGGCUUGUCACCACGUCUGAUCUUUGCACAAGGAUGAGCUUUUCCCGCUCGCUUUAGAGAACGGUGGCAUCUCGUUCUGUGGAUCCGCUUUAAAUAAAGGGUGACGGAUCCGCACAUUUCAUUUUUACAUAUGGCAGAGCAAUAAUCAGACCUUUAUCUGAUCGGUUUGGUGCUCUGGAACCCCUUGAUACCCGCCACUGAUUUCUGCGCGUGAGCACUAGCAGUUUACGCGUGGCUGAACACGUAUUCCUUGCAAACCUCCGCGUGUGAAACCGGUCCCUUAGCUGGAAGGCUGAGCUGAGCGAGCGUCACCCGUGCCGUCAGGGCAAUCAGCCCCCAGGCAAAGCCGUUUCCAAACCCGCUGAACCUUGAGAGGAUGGAGGGGUCGGGGGGGCCCUUCCCGAGGGGCCCGGUGCGGUGUCACUCACAGUUGAUCCAGUUCAGUCCCGAGAGCGCUCUUCCUUGUGAAAACAAAGCCAUGGAGCCAGCGGAGGACACAACAUGGAAAUAGAGGGAUAUUCGUACUGCCUGGGAACUGUGACACCAAAGCUGGGGAAUUCCUUCUGUUCCCUGUACAGCCGAUGCGUAAAGACAGGUAUUUGAAUUUUAGUCGGACUUCUCCAAACGCUGCUGUGGAUGAGUUUGUCUCAGAACUACCCAGGAACAGCAGCUGCCUAAACAACGUACCGAACCUAGGCAGCGCGAACACACUCGCUCGCUUGCCCAAGCUGACGAAGGAAGUGGGUGUAGCCGGGAGCUGAGGAAUAAUUCUCUAAAUCCCAGCUCAGCAUCUGAACCUGGCUAGGGCCCAGGGAGGAACGGACUGACCCGACUACGCUUCACAAGUAAAAACUUUUAUCCUCCUCUGCCACCAGCACUAACAGCUGGUAAGAAGCCAAUGCGGCUUCAAAAUGAAUGUAGCUACACCAGCCUCAAAGGACAGAGAGAAUAAUAUUUAUAUGGGAAUAAGUCAGGGAGAGCGCAGUGAAAGGCAACGGCAUUUCCAACAUCCCCUUAGCAGUCCUCAGAGACCUGAUACAAAGCCUGUUCACAGCAGAAGAAAUCUUUCCAUCGUUUGCCUCGUCUAUCACUGUAACGGCGCUCCUCGGUGCCACGAGGCUGGCAAUCCCUGAAGUACGGCAUCCCCAACUCCACGCUCUCCCCUUCACGGCCGUUUCUUUCAGGCAGCCUGGGAAAGGCGUUGCACACCGCAGCUUCUCACGGUCACAGCAGGGAAAGGGCCAACACGUACAGUAUAUUCCACCGGGAAUGCGUUCAACCAACCAGUCACGCUCAUCAGCUGAGCGGUGGUAUUUGGCCAUGUGCGCGCUCUCCGCUCAUCAUAGAUGUGAUGUGAAACGCGGCAGCUUAAACGAGAAAUGUCCGUACCAACCCAUCCUAUCUCCUGUUCGUCACGAGGAAAGAAUAUAUAUUCAUGGGCGCUCGCCCCAGCGGUACGGAGCAAACCUGAAAAGCUGCAGCAAGUUGGUUUGAGCCCAGUAUGGAGACAGCGGUUCCCAGCUGAUGUCUACGGGUACCGCCGCGCGGGAGCGAGCGGGAGCGAGCGGGGCUGGGAUGAUUUUCACACAAAGGCCCAGCUGCUUGUCCGUAACUACGAAUGAGCAAGAAACUGCUUGAAAAACAAGGUGGCCAUAUCCUUUUUGGUGUGAGUCGCCCAUCAGGUAGAGCGCACUGAGUGGGUGUUGUCUCCCGACCUAUGGCUCCGUGGCCUCAAGACAAAGCAUUUCACCUCUCUUCCCCAGCAGUGAAGUCCAGCCAGCCACACUCGUCACUUCUAUUACAUAUUUUCAGACUUAUCAGGGAAAGGGGCAAUUUAUGAUGGAUAUUGCCCUCAUGGUUUGUUUGCAAAGCGCCAUCUAUGUUUAUCAUACCAUUAAAAGGCAACGUAACACACGAUUAAACACAACAUACUUUGUUUUUAAAACUUUUGCAAUGGGCAAACACUUUGUAUCUGCUAACCCUUGGCUCAGUUCCCUGCUUAAGGUUAAGAACCUGCUUAAGCAUUUGGCUCAGCGAGAGCCCGGGACUCCGGACUUGCCGAAGGAAGAGAGCAGGCUGGGCGCUGUUGUGUGUAUAGAGACUCGAUGUACCAGAAAUAAGCAUCGCAGUCAUGACUUUCUACACAAAAUAACAACAAAAACGCUGAUCGAGAAGCCACGGUCGCUGGUCAGCUUUGCUCGCAAUCAACACUUCUUUUUGUGUCUAAGGGCCUGAGAUGUGCGAAAUGACUGGAAGCACCUCGAAAUCUUCAUCUCACCCUGGGAGCGUGACGUGUGAAUAUCAAAACUCCUUUGGAGCUAUCCCGCAGUAACGGACGUUUUCAGAUGUGCGAUCCGGUACCUUAUUUGGAGCUACCGCAGUUGUUUAGAAAUAAAGAAACCAACAAAAGGGAAAUGGGGCAGACUCAUCAGAUAUUUUGGGCACUUCCACAGAACUGGAACAAAUUACCAGAUCUCUUUGUGCUCUAGUUUCCCAAGUACAAGGGGAGUGGCUAUUCUUC